AUGUACAGAAACCAAUAUGAUACAGAUGUUGUUACUUGGUCUCCACAAGGGAGAGUUUUUCAGAUUGAAUAUGCUAUGGAGGCAGUUAAACAAGGCACUGCGGUGGUGGGCGCAAGGAACAAUGAAAUAGUCAUUCUUGCCUGUAUCAAAAGAAGUACGAGCAAGCUUGCUGGAUACCAAAAAAAACUUUACAAAAUUGAUGACCAUAUUGGCGCAGCAGUUUCGGGGAUUACUGCAGACGCAAAAGUAAUAUGCAAUUACCUUAGAUCAGAAUGCCUGAACCACUCAUUCACAUACGAUUCUCCUAUAGCAUUGAAUACAUUGGUUAACAAACUUGUACUAAAGUCCCAGGUAAAUACACAGGAAUAUGGCAGAAGACCAUUUGGUGUAGGAAUACUAUUAGCAGGAUGUGACGAAAGUGGCCCACAUUUAUUUGAAACAUGCCCAUCUGGAAACUGCUUUGAAUAUUACUCAAUUGCAAUAGGUUCUAGGUCUCAGGCUAGCAAAACUUAUUUGGAAAAGCAUUUUGAAGAAUUUGCUAAUUGCAAUAAAGACGAAUUAAUCCUCCAUACUUUAAGAGCAUUAAGAUCUAGCUUGUCAUCUGAGCAAGAGAUGAAUCAGGAAAAUGUUGAUGUGGCGAUUUUAGGAAAGAAUUAUAAUUAUAAUGAGCUUACAGAAGAAGAAAAAAUGAAAUAUCUUCAAAUUAUUAACCAAGAACAACCAGCGAUUGAACAAAUUGAUGAAUCUCAAGAGUCUUCCUCCAUGCAAAUAGAUUAA